AUGGAGUGCCUACAAGAAUUCCAGUCAACAAAGAGGUCGAUGCCAGGUGCGGAACCAAUUCCACCACCAAUGGUUCACUGGUCUCCACCUCCUCAAGCUCUAUACAAAACCAAUUUCGACGGAGCUAUUUUCCAAGACAUAUACUCAACAGGUAUUGGGGUCGUAAUCAGAGAUUGCUCAGGUGAGAUUAUCGGCUCUUUAAUAAAACGUCUGGUGCUGCCACCACUGGUUGAAGAUGUGGAAGCUCUAGUGUGCAGAAGAGUGAUUUCUUUCGCCCUUGAGAUUGGUCUUCAGGAAGUAAUGUUUGAAGGAGAUUCAGACACUGUCAUACGAAGUCUUAACGUGGAACCACCAUGCAUGGCUCCCUUUGGACACAUCAUAGAGGACGCACGUUCCAUAGCUUCCUCUCUUAGAUACCACUCCUUUAGUCAUGUGAAGCGUAGUGGUAAUUGCAUAGCUGAUAAAUUGGCCAAGUAUUGUAAUGGCACUCAGAUAUGGAUGGAAGACAUCCAUAGAGAGGCCCACAACCUUGUAUUGUUUGACCAAAGUUUGGUUAUUUGA